CCUGCAGGGCAAAUGCUUUGUCUGACAGGAAGUGAUGUCAGGGCCGCUCAGGAGGAACUAAUGAGAAGCAAAUGUUUGGCAGAAGUUCCUGAAAGAGCUGCUGAAGAGCGGGACAUGUCUGCGUGCGAGGACGAGCAGGCGCCGCGCUUCUUCUCCAACGCUCUGAUGAGCGAGCCGGAGUCGGACUGGUCCCCCGUCCACGACGCCGCCUUCAACGGGCGGGUCCUGGCUCUGCGGAGCCUGGUGGCCCAGGGAGCCUGCGUCAACCUCAGCACCCGGGAGCAGCUCACCCCCCUCCACGCCGCCUGCCUGCAGGGACACGCCGCCUGUGUCAAAGUCCUGCUGGAAAACGCCGCAAACGUGAACCUGACCUCGGUGGACGGACACACGGCGCUGUCACACGCCUGCGGUGGAGGACGAGCCAGCUGCGCCGCGCUGCUGCUGCGGCACGGCGCCGCGCCCGGCGGAUCCAGCCCGGCCAGCUCUGCCAUGCACGUGGCCGCCGCCAGAGGUCAGAGGUCAGCCGCUGAUCCAGCAAGCCCAACCUCACCGGUGGCCGACCCUCUGCCAGGUCAGCCCGGCUGCAUGGAGGCCCUGGUCCGGCACGGCGCCGACGUGGAUCAGCGCGUCCCUCCCUCAGGGAGCCCCCUGCAGGUGGCCUGCUCCCAUCAGCAUCUGAGCGCCGCGGAGAAGCUGCUGCAGCUGGGCGCCUGCGUGAACUCGGCGGCCUCAGGUGACUCGCCGCUCCACAUCGCCGCCCGUCUGUCCCACCAGGAGAUGCUGUCUCUCCUGCUGAGCCACGGGGCCGACCCCCGCCUCAGGAACCGGGAGGGCAAGCGGCCCGUGGACCUGGCGCCGGCGGGCAGCGCGGCGGAGCAGCUGCUGACACACGCUGGAGGGCCCACUCUGAUGCAGCUGUGCCGGCUGCGCAUCAGGAGGACGCUGGGAAGGACCAGGCUGGGCGUGAUCCAUGAGCUGCGCCUCCCCACAGAGCUCCAACUCUAUCUUCUCUUCCAGACCUGAGGAGCGUCAGCCGCAACUGCAUGUCCAGUUCUAUAAAACCUGUUGUCAAAUCCAACGACAACAAAAGCUCCAGAAGUCAGAGACUGGACCAAUGGGACUGAAGUGUGUUGUAUCCUCAUGUUGGUGAAGAGGAGAUUAAAGAGUGUCACUUACUGCGGGAAUGUUGCGCUCUGAAAGGACCCCGGAGCCAUUUGUUCUGGAAAAGCGGGGCCCUAAGAUCAGAAAGGUUCAGGACCUCUUGUCUAAGAUCAGGCUGGAGAGCAUGUUACGGAUCUAGAGCUUCAUGUCCUCUGAGAGCUCAGCAGACAGUCAGGACGUCCUGAGCCACGCUCCGCCGCUGGUGUCUCUCCCAAGCUGCUCCCUGCACCUGCAGACUCUGAAGUGAAGCAAGCGUUGGAGCACCUCAGGACAGGUGCAGACGGACACCCUUGUCCACGUGGGCCUCACCUGGAGAAGACUGGCGCCGUGUGUGAAUGAGUCCAGGCCAUUGCACUUUUGGAAAAAAAGUUUAUUAUUUACAGGCUUAUAUAAUUAUAUAAAAAUCGAAUUGAGAUCACAAAAAUAUCAGAUAUUUUCUACAUGCCAUCUUUACAAUAAAUACACAUUUAUUCUCCUCUAUUACAGUCUGUAAAAUACAAUGAUCACGAGCCUCGGUGGUAAAAAAC